UUCGACGAUGCAGACGCAGACUUCAUCUUCCGUUCCUCUGACGACGUUGACUUCCGCGUCUACAAGGUCAUCCUUCCCAAGGCCUCCUCCGUUUUCCGGACUAUGCUCGACCUUCCUCAACUCCCGUCGUCCAAUCCCAAUUCCACGGACGAGUCUCAUGUCGUCAAGCUGACCGAGGACGCCAAGACGCUCCAGCACGUCUUCCGCCUCUGCUAUCCUACAGAGCAUCCCAACAUAACCCCCUUCGACGACAUCCACGCCGUCCUGGAAGCAGCGCGGAAGUACGAGAUCAAGUGUAUCACCACCAACCUACGAUGGUCCCUCGCGCGUAUCAUCCCCAAGGGGCCGCUCCGCAUGUACGCAGUCGCCUAUAUGCUACAAUUGGAGGACGUUGCGAGGGAUGCGGCCAAGGAGCUGUUGCUCGUCCCUCAGUUUCAUAUGCCCCCCUCUCCUCCUUCUGAAUUCAGCACUCUGCCGUGCCUGGCGAUAUAUUCGAUGCACGUCUAUCGUCAGAGGUGCUUGGAGGUAGCACUGCACGACCUGGAAGAUUGGAAGUGGAUU